CACCAAACAAACUAUCAUAUGACCUCUUAUGAUAUCAUAUGAUAUCAUCAGAAAACGGGGAUCAGUUUGGUCAAGGCCAAAGGUUUAAAUAUUCGUGCAUUUGGCCAAUCUCUUUGUUCUUCUUCUCCAUUGAACUCCGCCAGUUUCGAAUUUGUGCAAUCAAAGUCUACCUUUAGCUUUCGUUUUCAACCUUUACACCACCUUUACACCAACUCCACUGUCUUGUUAUCACUCGGCAACAUACAACAAUCUACCAUGUCUAACCCACAAUUACAAAUCACCGAUGCCUCAGUAGUGCCCGCUGUUGAAGUGGAAGGCCACAUGAAUUCACUUUUCGAAAAGCCUUCGAUUCAUCAAACUGGCGAGGAAGCUCCAGCCACCUGCAGUCAACAAAACCCUCUUUACCGCAUCGGUACCGCUAAUCGUAUCCAAUUCGAUAAACGACACGAAAUGUUUGUUCAGGUUAAGUUCAAAAUCCACGCUGAAAAAGAGGUUGAAGUCAACCAGGCAACUUCGAUGAAGGUGGCUAGCAGAACUCGCCGCGGUGCUGCCACCACGGCGCGCUACAACCUAAUUGAAUCGAAAAUGUUCAAUCAAGGAAACGUCCUCGAGCUGGUCAAGUGUCUUUUCGGGAAGUCUCUCAAAGAUUUCAAAGGUUGGACGUGA